UAUCGUCACAUUUCUUUGCUUACUUAUUUGAUAACCACGCGGCAACCCGGCUACGACUGAAAUUUAUGUAUACUUGGACUACGAGGCCAUGUAGCAACUUGACGGCGAAUACUUUUAUGAAUUUAUACUUUGAUGAGUGCCGAUGAGUGCAGGAAAUGGCAUAUUUUCUCUUCAGGCAAUUAUAAUAAUCGUCCUUCCGUUUUAGAAGUAGGCAUUAUUUAAUAAUAAUACUGCUAUGUCAAGCCCAGAUGAGAGCUAUUAUUCCUUCAAGAACGAGACAUUGAGCCGUCUGUGGGAUGAAAUUGUUGGUCCCUUGAAUGUACACGACGGCAUAAACCAUAGCAUAGAUGCGAUUUUUCUUUGAAAUGCAGAGAUUAUUCAUUGUGAUCCAUAUUCAUUCUUCUCGGAAAUCCAGGGGUUUUAUAAGACAGAAGAAGAGAAUGUAUUUUUUAUUUCUCCAUCUGUAAGACAUGGUCUUCCCAGUAGCUAAAUUUCAAAGAUGUAUUAGUAAUUUAGAGUCCUUCAGUAUCAUGGGCAAAUGGAGGGACACAUUCUAGGGCUUGAUGGUGUAGGCCGGGUUCACACCACGCACAUGAUAGUGUAGCAGGCUCAGUCUACACCACGCGGAUGAUAGAGUUUGCUCGGUUCACACCACGCGCAUGAUAGUGUAGCAGGCUCAGUCUACACCACGCGCAUGAUAGUGUAGGCUCGGUUCACACCACGCGCAUGAUAGUGUAGGCUCGGUUCACACCACGUGAUUCCAGAAUUCAGCCCCCCUUUCAAUCACGAAAUUUCAAAUAACAUUGCAUCGUGCGAAUCCACGUGUCUUACCCUCUUGGAUAAAAUGAAAAGGCAAUAUCUUAGUCCUUGAAAGCAAUGUAGGUGUUUUUAACCAGGAUUCGUCACAUCACGGUUAGUUGCUUAUUUUUUAUACAAGGCAACACGGAUUUUCCAGUGUUUUAUCCAUGGUUUAUGCAAUACGUCAAUUUAUUUGAAAUAGAUUUAUAUAUUUGGACGGACAAGACCAACCUUUCGGCGAAUAUGAAUUUAUGUUUUGAAAUGAGUGUCGUUGAGUGCAGGAAAUGCCGCAAUUUCCUCCUUAGUCAAUUAUAAUUAAUAACGGCGCAGUCCUUCAACUGUUAUUUUGUUAUUAUUAUGUUAUUAUCCAACUGUUAUUUAUCUGACCGCAUGAGAUACGGCUAACACAUUAUUUGCUGUUUGUCAUUCAUAUCCAUCGUGGAACAAGAGAAAGUAUUUUUUCUAUUUCUUUUUUUUUUUUACUUGGUCUUGACGAAAUAAAUAAAGUGAUUAAAAAACAAUCGAAAUAAUCAAUUCAUGCCUUGCUGGCAACUGUUUUCCGCAAUCACUCACCCAAAACAUACCGAGUAUAUAAAGGACCGUUAUUUGACCAUACUAUAUCAGUAUUAGAAAAUCCUGAAGCGCGCUAUAGUCAUGUCUUUCGUGAAAUUUCUUCCUUCUCUCUCGAAUCUAAGCGCAUUGAAUCCAAGCGCAAUCGUUCCUAAGAGUUCGAAAAUUACGCUCAAGCAGGUAUUGGUACUGGUUUUGGUGUUCGGAAUUGAAAGGAUUUUCGAAAAGGAUGUCUUCGAGUGCCCUCCCUCGCGCUAUUUCAUGUACGGGAGCCUGUUUCUGUUCGGCCCCGCUAUCUGCCUAUUCAGCUUAACUCUUCUGCUGUUCCCCACUUUCUGGGAAGUUGUUACGGGUUGUUGGGGAGCGCAUUUCAGUAAGCGAUGGGUGACGAAAAAUCUGGUCAAGAUUCUCUUUCAAGCGCUCCUCCCGCCUGGAGUCUGGAUCGUUGUUGCACUAAUGCGCUCCAACUACUACAUCUGCCUCAAACUCGGCCCAAAGAAACUUGCUUUAGAUAGGGCUCUGCGCGCACUGAAUGGGAGCACGGUGGCGCAAGUCAAGGCGAAUGUUGAUGAGACAUUCAGUAAGGCAAAGGCGGAUUCCGAAAUGCUGGCAUGGAUCCUAUUCGACUCAAUUGUGAUGUUGGCGUUUAUUGUUGUGUGUAUUCGGAGGUGCUGGUGUAUGCGAGCGGAGGGAAGUCUGCCGGAACUCGAUCAUUAUGAUAAGCUAGAGGCAGAGACUGCGGCAGGGGAAUUCAAGGUUUUGUUGGAGCAACGCGCGGACAUGGCAGGCAAGAGUAACGUUCAUGAUGAGUUUGAGAACGCAAAAACUCUCACAUCUAACGAGUACAGACAGUUGGAGAUGGUGCGAGAAAAACUACAGUGGAAUUAUCCGCGUAUCGCAGGGGAUCUCAGCAAACCUUAUAGGCAUCAGAUGUUACCGCAAGGAAUUGGUGAGGACAGUACUAAGGGCCACCAGACACUUAAUGUUAUCUUUCUAUAAAGCUGCGCUAACAAUAAGGUGGGCAGUCAGCCACAACCUUUGACAGUUUGGAACUUGGAAAUCUGAAAGCUAGUGAAUCUAACACAGGCAGCGUAAGUACUGUAGUUAUUUACUCCAUAUGUACUGUACAGGUUGAAUAAAAUAAACAUCACAUUACAAAAGAUUACAAAAGAAGGUUCUAUAUAAGACACCUUUAGCCAGAUCAAUUAGGGUUAGGUAGAACCUUGUAAAGCUUGCAAACCAAAUAAGGGUAACAGAAUAAGCUGGUUAAAGGCGGUUUUUUUGGUUAUCCAGCGGGUUUGAAGUCGAUUCGGAAUUCGAGUUCGCUAUAUGGCCGCUUGAGGUCAAAAUAAUCACACGCCUACAGGGUAUAGGGUAGCCGGGCGAUCAUCCGUUUAGCGACUAGACAUUUUAAGAUCAGGCUAUUUUUUAACGCGAGGUUUGUCGAAAGAUGUGUGAGCGAGCUCUGAGCGUUUAUAAAAGGACACGAAAUGUAUAAGAGAACGAAAUGAAAUAGAAUAUGUGUCAUUGUUUGCGAGGAUUUUGUAAAACGUAAACUGGUAAAAUUUGAUACAAUUGCUACUCUGUAUCAAUAUGACAAUUUAUAUUAAUUGUAAUUUCGUGUUGUCCCUGAAUUGCUCCCAUUUUGGUUGAAAUAAAGUUGUCCGUCGCACCAA